UCAGAGAUAAGAUCGUGCCAUAAGCUUCUUGUGAGUCUCUCGAGAAAGAGGAAGAAACUUUUACUCGCAGGGAGAGAAGGAUGGCAUCGACCUCAGCGACUCUGCUAAAGGCCUCGCCGGUUUUGGACAGGUCGGACUGGGUGAAGGGACAGAACCUCCUCUUCCGACAGCCAUCCUCCGCCGCUGUCCGAAGCCGCGCUUCCUCCUCGGCCCUCACCGUCCGCGCCUCCUCCUCCUACGCCGACGAGCUCGUCAAGACCGCUAAAACAAUAGCGUCUCCGGGACGAGGAAUCUUGGCGAUGGACGAGUCGAACGCGACGUGCGGAAAGAGAUUGGCGUCGAUAGGGCUGGAGAACACAGAGGCAAACAGGCAGGCAUACAGGACUCUGCUGAUAACAGCACCGGCACUGGGUCAGUACAUCUCCGGAGCCAUCCUCUUCGAGGAGACUCUCUACCAAUCCACCACUGACGGCCGCAAAAUGGUCGACGUCCUCUCUGAGCAGAACAUCGUCCCCGGUAUCAAGGUCGACAAGGGUCUGGUGCCGCUUGCUGGAUCUAACAACGAGUCGUGGUGCCAAGGACUCGAUGGUCUCGCCUCUCGCUCUGCCGCCUACUACCAGCAGGGUGCUCGUUUCGCCAAAUGGCGUACGGUCGUGAGCAUUCCCAACGGUCCCUCUGCUCUUGCUGUCAAAGAAGCCGCUUGGGGUCUCGCCCGUUACGCUGCCAUCUCUCAGGACAAUGGGUUGGUGCCAAUUGUGGAGCCAGAGAUCCUCCUCGAUGGAGAGCACAGCAUUGACCGUACUUACGAGGUCGCUGAGAAGGUUUGGGCUGAGGUUUUCUUCUACCUCGCCCAGAACAACGUCAUGUUCGAAGGAAUCCUGUUGAAGCCAAGCAUGGUGACGCCUGGCGCCGAGUCUAAGGACAGAGCCACUCCUGAGCAGGUCGCUUCCUACACCCUCAAGCUCCUUCACAACAGAAUUCCUCCCGCCGUUCCCGGAAUCAUGUUCUUGUCUGGUGGACAGUCGGAGGUGGAGGCCACACUGAACCUGAACGCAAUGAACCAGGCAUCAAACCCAUGGCACGUAUCAUUCUCGUAUGCACGCGCCCUUCAGAACACCUGCCUCAAGACAUGGGGUGGCAGACCCGAGAACGUGAAGGCUGCCCAGGAUGCCCUUCUGAUCCGUGCUCAGGCCAACUCCCUCGCCCAGCUCGGCAAGUACACUGGUGAGGGCGAGUCUGAGGAAGCCAAGAAGGGCAUGUUCGUUAAGGGCUACACUUACUGAGAAGAUGCUGAAAAUGAUGCAUAAUGGAUGGCUAAAAGGCUUUGAAUUUCUUUUUGAGUUUGGUUAUGUGACUAGUUUUUGCUACUUUGAUGGCUACUUAAAAUAAGUUUUACCUGGAUUUGGACUUACGA